AUGUCUGAACGCGUUCCUCCGGUGACCCUUGAAACCUUACCACAACUUCUCGAGCAUGACGACAAGGUCAAGCUCGCAGGAGUUGAUGUCGAUGGCAUUCUCCGCGGCAAGCUCAUUUCCAAGAAAAAGUUCUUAUCCAUUGCAGGAGAUGGCUUCGGCUUCUGCUCUGUCGUCUUUGGCUGGGAUAUGCAUGACCAGACUUAUUUUCGAGAGCUGAAGAUUAGCAACAAAGAUAAUGGCUACAGAGAUUUGCUCGCUAUCCCCGACUUGUCUACUUACCGUCGUAUUCCUUGGGAGGGCAAUGUUCCCUUCUUUCUUGUUCACUUCUAUGAUCCCGAUACAAAAGCGCCUCUCUGCGCAGAUCCCCGAGGGCUCCUCAAGACAAUGGUGGAAAGGCUGGAGAAACAUGAACUGGGCGCCAUGGCUGGAGCGACCACUGUUGUGCUCUCUUCGCGGCAUAACAACGCGCCGCUGACCCCGAUUGCUUUAGCGGAAUAUGAAUUCUACCAGUUUAGAGCCCCUCCCAGCUCAAACGGUUCGACCUCCGAAAGGAACACUUCUUCGACGGCGAGCUUUUUAAAAGAGAAUCCGGUUGGCGCGUUGCCCCCGCUUACCGAAGGCAUGUUUGGUUACAGCUUGACACGCCCUGUGCACAAUCAGGACUAUUACUACGGCAUCUUUGAUGCGUGCCAACAAUUCCGAUGUGGUAUUGAGGGAUGGCACACUGAGAGUGGUCCUGGUGUUUUUGAAGCUGCACUCGAGUUUGACGAGAUCAGAGAGAUGGCAGAUAAAGCGGGACUUUUCAAAUACGUCGUUAAAUGCCUAGGAAGCAAAUCCGGAAUCACGCCAUGCUUCAUGGCCAAACCUCGCGAAGGACUCCCCGGAAACUCUGGCCAUAUGCACGUUUCGAUUGUGGAUAAACUGGGCAAGAAUUUGUUCUAUCGAGGCGAAAAAGACGAAAAUGCCCCAUUUACAGACGUAGCAUACUUGUCUGACAUGGGUCGACACUUUCUUGCUGGCCUCAUCGACGGUCUUCCAGAUAUAAUGCCUAUCCUUGCUCCUACGAUCAACUCGUACAAGAGGCUUGUUGAGAACUUUUGGGCCCCUGUAACUGUGUCAUGGGGUCUAGAACAUCGCGCCGCCUCUAUCCGGCUCAUAUCGCCGCCUUCUUCAAGCCCGAAAGCCACACGCUUUGAAAUGAGAGUACCGGGCGCGGACGCCAACCCUUUCCUUGUUCUUGCCGCCAUUCUUGGCCUUGGAUGGCGAGGCGUGGAGAAGAAGUUGGAGCUCAAGCUACCACCUCUAGGCAAGGGUGAAGACGUCGGUGGCACUUCAGACCAAGGAGUACGGCUCGCGAAAUCGCUUAAGGAGGCAACGCAGCGAUUUAUGAGAAAGGAAAGUGUCGCUCGAGAAGUGUUUGGAGAUGACUUUGUCGACCAUUUUGGUGGCACAAGAGAACAUGAGAUUCGGCUCUGGGAUGAAGCGGUUACAGAUUGGGAAGUCAGAAGAUAUAUUGAAACUGUUUAA